AGGAAAAAAAAAAAAAAAAAAAGAACAAGAAGAAUCUGACUCCGGUUCUGGAGCCACGGCUUGCUUCUUCUACCUAACCCAUAGGCCAGCCAGGUUGAUUCAGAAUGCGACAGACUGGAUGGUUGUUAGUCACCCACCCAUCUAUCCACUACCAGAUCUCGCGACUAUUUCGACUAUUCAUGAUUCUUAGUGUCUGACCUAUAGUCCUAGGCUAAACACUCGUUUUCAGUUCUUCCUUACUUGUCAACCGUAUUCGCUGACAUUCUGCGUAAAGCGUGUCUUCCACUCCGCGCGUCACUGUCCUGGGCCUGCACUAGGACUUAGGAAACUGCCUGGGGUGUAUCUAGUGGAGCAACGCAAGAGAACCAUGGCCUCUAACCAAGAUGUUCCUAAGACUUGCAAAGUUAUCUUGGCUGAGUCUAUCGCCAAGCACUUGUUGACCGAAGUCACCGAUACGCUAAAGUCAAUACAACAAGAUGCUGAUGGAAAGCCGACUCUUGUGGCCUUCCUAGCUAAUGAUGACCCGGCUGCUGUGAAGUAUGCUGAGUGGUCCAAAAAGACUUGUGAGGAAAACGGCUUCAAUUUUGACUUGCGCCAAGUCACAAAAGAGGCAUUGGAAGAUGAGAUCAUGGCAGCCAAUGAAGACAAUAAAGUCGAUGGCAUCAUUGUCUAUUACCCAAUCUUCCCAGGCAAUCCCGCUCACGACAGGUACAUUCAGGAGACUGUAUCCCUCGCAAAAGACGUCGAAGGUCUCUGUCACAAACACAUCUCCAACAUGUACUACAACGUGCGGUAUUUGGACCCCCCGCAGAACCUGAAGAAAUCCAUAUUACCAUGCACACCUCUUGCUGUCGUCAAGAUCCUGGAACAUCUCCAUAUCUACAAUUCCAUCCUUCCUUCUGGUAACCGGCUGUUCGGGAAGACAAUCACCGUUAUCAACCGAUCCGAAGUCAACGGUCGUCCGUUAGCUGCUCUUCUAGCAAAUGACGGAGCCACAGUGUAUUCUGUCGAUUUGACAGGUGUGCAGGUCUUCACUCGUGGCCAAGGCAUCCGUCAACCCCGUCACCAAGUUCAGGACAAAGAGGGCUGGACUUUGGAGCAAUGUGUUCCCAUUAGUGAUGUCAUUAUCGGCGGUGUGCCAUCGGAGAACUACAAGCUCCCGACCGAGCUGAUUCGCGAUGGCGCAGUGUGCAUCAACUUUUCCUCUUUCCGGAACUUCGAUGGUCCUGCAGUCAAGGAGAAGGCGUCGAUCUAUGUCCCUUCAGUGGGCAAAGUUACGAUUGCUGUACUAUUGAGAAACCUUGUUCGCUUGAUUGCCAACCGCCCGUCAACGCAGUCUGCUUCUGAGAGUACUCUGAAAGCUAAGAGCGAGGCGUUUGUAGAAGGGUGAGGUGCAGAGCGACUUCUAGAUUAGUAGCUAAUUGUUGCAUUUAUCUGAUGCUUACGGAGUUUGGUAACUUAUGGGGAUAAAAAAAAACUAUGCUAGAAUAGUCAGUCUUGUUUGUUAAUAUCAUAUUGUUUGUUGUGAUGUUAUUGA